CCUACAGCACAUAAUGGUCAGUGUGCCGGCGGUAACCGCUGCCGUUGUCCUACUCGCGGCUCCUCCAGUGUCCCUGUGAUGGUGAAGAGGCGAAACACCGGCUGCUGUACUUCACACGACAGCUAGCCUCCUGGGAGGCGAGUCCCAAUGCCAUGGCCUCCAGCCACAGCUCCUCCCCAGUGCCUCGUCCCCGUGGUGGAGGCCGAGAUGGGAUCUAUCACAAGGAGCGGGAUCCCUCGCCCGCUCGCUGCCGGCCCGUCCGCUCCCUGCCUGACGUCUGCCCCAAGGAGCCCACUGGUGAGGGGCGGGGCCUGUGCGACGGCCCGUCGGUGGUGGCGGAGCACGACAGGUGGACGGUGUACAGCUCGAAGGUCAACCUCCCCGCCGCGCUGAACGACCCUCGGCUCGCCAAGCGGGAGUCCGACUUUUUCACCAAAACAUGGGGCCUGGACUUCGCAGAGACAGAGGUGAUGCCCUCCUUCUACCUCCCCAACAUCACCAGGGAACACUUCGGGCCCUACCUGCAGGAGAUGGCUCAGAGGGAAAAAAUCCACGAACGCUGCAGGACGAUCUGUCCAAACAAAGAUGAUGUGGACGCCGUCUCCAGUGUCACUACCAACAACGACAAAUCCAGAGCUGAGCUGGAACAAGUCCCAAAGAUCUUCUUGAAGCCCGACUUUGCUCUAGAGGACCCGGCCACCUUCAACACCGUCCUGCCUUGGUCGCACUUCAACAGCGCCGGAGGGAAGAGCAGCAGAGACGUGGCCUCCUCCAAACUGCUGCAGGAGAAGUUGAGUCACUACCUGGAUGUGGUGGAGGUGAGCAUCGCCCGGCAGAUCUCCCUGCGCUCCGAGGCGUUUUUUCACGCCAUGUCCUCGCAGCACGAGCUGCAGGACCAGCUGCAGAAGACGCAGCGGGCCGUCGCUGUCCUGCGGGGCCGGACCGCUGCCAUGGAUCGCGUCAUGUGCCAGGGGCCGCUGCGGGCCCUCUGCACCGCUCUGACCCGCAACAAUUGCGUGAAGCUGCACAACAAGCUGAAACUGAUGGCAGCUGUGCAUCAGACGCAGCCCACCGUGCAGCUGUUGCUCUCCACCUCUGAGUUUGUCGGCGCGCUGGAGCUCAUCGCCACCACCAAGGAGGUGCUGCAGCAGGAGCUACAGGGAAUCCACAGCUUCAGACAUCUGGGCUCCCAGCUGUGCGAGCUGGAGAAGCUGAUUGAUAAGAUGAUGGUGGAGGACUUCAGCAUGUACGCCCGCAGCGACCUGCACCGCUGCCUGAAGGAGGAGCCGCAGGUCCUGGAGAAGGAGCGUCUGGAGUCGCUGGUGUUUGGGCUGCUGAGACAGAGGAAGCUGGACUUUCUGGAUAUUUACAGCGAUGAGAUGAUCCUGGCUGCUAAGGCCAUCGUCAGUCAGUGUGUGGCAGAGAGUGUUUUGAACAUAGAGGACAUUGACACUGAAGUUGUUACCAAGCUGGCUGAUCAGAUGCGCCUGAUGACGUUCCCUCAGUGGUUUGAGCUGCUGCAAAAUGUCUUUGAGAGUUUCCUUCUCUUCCUGAAAAGAAUCAAGGCCACUCUGAGCGUGAUCCGAAAUGUGGUUGUGGAAGUUCUGGACUCAAACCAGAAGAACCGGCUCCCGGAGGAGGCAGGUUCAGACGCCUCGGGCCAGGAGUCUUCCCGGGGUCCGUCGCUCGUGCAGGGGGAGGCCGAGCUGGCCUACCUCACCCACGAGGGUCUGUUCAUCAGCGACGCUCUGAACGAGGCCCAGCAGCAGCAGCAGUCGGCGGCCCAGGAUCAGAGCUCCGUGGCGGGCUCCAGGAUCCAGCAGGGCAGGGCGGGGUCAACUGGCGGAGACUCAGCCUCUGGGACCACAGAGACCUUCAUCUCCGGUGAGAACAUGAUGCCCACUGAGCUGGAGAUGAACCGCGUGAUCAACAACAUCCAGGAGCUGCUGUACACCACCUCCGACAUCAGCCACGACCGCUGCGCCAAAGUCCUCACAGCCAGAGCCAAGGACGGUUCUCUGGAGCGUCUGAGCUCGGCCGAGUUCGUGUGUCUCUCUCAGGCGGUAGAGGCUUUCGUCAGGGACACGGAGGAGCUGUGCGGCAGGCGCAGUGUCUCCCUGAGGGGGGCGCUGCAGAGCCAGGCCAACCGCUUCGUCCACCGCUUCCACGAAGAACGCAAGACCAAACUCAGCCUCCUCCUGGACAACGAGCGGUGGAAGCAGGCAGAGGUUCCCGCUGAGUUUCAGGAUCUCGUCAACUCCAUCGCCGACGGCAGGAUAACACUACCAGAGCGCAAGACCCCAGGUCCAGAUGACAAGAAGCCCGCCGAGUUUCUGCUCGUCAACGGGCAAAAAUACGCCGUCGUUGGGACGGUUCUGCUGCUGAUCCGGAUCUUUCUGGAAUACUGUCAGUGCGUCAACGACAUCCCAUCCAUCGCCACCGACAUGCUGACACGUCUGUCAGACCUCCUCAAGCACUUCAACUCUCGGAGCUGCCAGCUGGUUCUGGGAGCCGGGGCGCUGCAGGUCGUGGGCCUCAAGACCAUCACCACCAAAAACCUCGCAUUAGCUUCCCGUUGCCUGCAGCUGGUGGUUCACUACAUUCCCAUCAUCAGAGCUCACUUCGAGACCAAACUGCAGCCCAAACAGUUCAGCGUCCUCAGACACUUCGACCACAUCACCAAGGACUACAAUGAUCACAUAGCAGAGAUCUCAGCCAAGUUGGUGGCCAUCAUGGACAGUCUGUUUGAGAAGGUUUUAUCAAAGUAUGAAGUGAAGGCUCCGAUGCCCUCGGCCUGCUUCAGAAACGUCUGCAAACAGAUGGCGAAGAUGCACGAAGCCAUUAGUGAACUUUUACCUGAAGAACAGACUCAGAUGUUGUUUCUGAGGAUAAACGGCAGUUUUAAGAUGCACCUGAAGAGGCAGCUGGCUCGACUCGGGGUCGUGAACGACGGGGGACCGCAGCACGGGCUGGUGGUGGUGGACGUUGCGUUCUACGCGGAGAACGUCCAGGUGCUGAGGAGCCUCGAGCGGCUCGACCUGAACAUGGCUGAGAUCUGGGAGCAGAAGAGGUGAUGGAGGACAGAGUCCGGACGUCCAGGACCGACCGACACGGUGACGGGGGGCCCACCCCGGGGGCCAACAGUGGCCGGCUGAGGGCGGAGGAGGCCCGGAGGGACCAAAAACACACAACUGGAGCAGCAACGCACCGGGGCUUCCUGCACAGCUCCACCUUAAAAGACUUUAUCAAGUAACACACAGAGCCUCCGUAAAAACUGCUGCCACCUCAUCUCACUGUGUGCAAUUCAACAGAAAUACUAGUAAAUUAUUAGAGGCGGUUUUAGUGGGAGUAGAUGUAGAUAAUGUUUGAGGGAGUGGCGGGGUAAUUUAUUUUUCUGUCGUCUUGGAAACCUUCUGUACCGUGGCAGACUUUUACUCUGGCGGGGAAUUUCCAGCAUCGGCGCACACCGAAACCGGGUUUUUCUGUGGCUGCUUCUGCGAGGGUUCGGGGUUCAAGGGACGAAAUGAUUCUGUCUUGGAAACGUCUCCCUCCUUCCUGCUCUGAGAGAGUCGACGGGGUCUCGUGACGGUGUCUCCAAACCUCAUUCAGCAGCCGAAAAACACGCAGAUGUUAAAUAGAUUCUUCAGUUUUUAUACUUGGGACAAGAAUAUUUUCCGGACUUCUUGCGUUCCAGGCCCGGAAUUCCAGACUCUUAGAGACGUGGAGGAACCCUAAGGAGGCGGGAGCCGACAGAAAGGUGUAACUGAAGCGUUGAGUUCCUGAAAUACUUAGAUAAACCAGAUCCACAUCCUGUCCUUACCAAAGUAAAAUACUUUCUAAUUUGGGAAUUCAAAACUUCAGUUGCAUUUUUUCCCUUUAAACAAUCCAAUCAUGUAUUAAGUGACGAUCCAGAGACGAAGGUGGAGUUAUUUUUAUUUUUUUUAAAUAAAUGUAGAAGAGUUUGACUGCAGAACAUGAAGCAUGAAUUUCAGCUGUUAACUCAGACUGUCGACCUUCUCCCACCUAAUGUACUUUUAAUUUAAUCUGCAUGAGCUUUUUGUUUCCUCCGAGGCUGAAACGACACAGAAAGGAACAGAGAGUCUGAUCUACUUCUAUUUAUUUAAUGUCUGAACUGGAUUUUCUCCCGGGUUAGGGUUUGGUUUUUUUUUUAAAGGGUAAAAUCAACUUGCAGGGUUUCCUCCUCUGUGAGAAGAUCAGAGUCAAAGCUGCACAAGGUGAAAUUUUUCCCGCUAAACCAGUUAUUUGCUCAUUAAUCAACCUGGUUGAUGGUUUGUCCGGAAUGAAUCAAACGUCUCCAUGAGCAGCGGCGUGGAACCAUCUCCUGACCGGAGCAGAAGCGAGGGCUUCCUCCGAUGUGGCGAAGAGGCGGCAGCUCGCCGCGUGCGGCCGCUCUUCUUCAGCUCGUGGAGUUAAGAGUCGGGGCGACGCACGUUGACGAGUAAAACACCAGCACUGGCGGAAACCCGCCAGUUACUUUGGACGGAGGUGGCGUGUUAAGCAGCAGGUUCGGCCGUUGGUAGUUGCUUCUCCGUCGACUCAAGUCAGCAGAAGUGUCCUGCCAUUUGUUCGUGUCGAACACAAACGGGGUGGAAAUCUCAGCCGCCCUCCAUCUGGUGCUCAAAUCGGUACUGUGCCGCUGGGGUUUGAGGCGCUCCCUGUCAUCAGACCUGUUCUCAGGACUGCGUUCGCGUGGAUCAACUUGAGAUCCACAGUUCCUCCACUCACCUGUUGGAGCUGCGUUUUUUGUUUUUUUCCCACGCAGAGAGUUUAGCGACCGCAGCAAACUCCCGGCGUAGCUCGACCCACCUCAGGCCUUAGCACGGGUCUGAAUACCUGAAAACACCUGCGCUCGCCCGGUUCCGCCACACCUGGUGCCAAAGUGCAGCUUUCGCUGAAAGAUCAGAUUCUCUGUUCCCGAGUGACGUUCAGCUGCUCUGAGCUCCGACCAAACGCAACGACACACAUCUGUCCAGCUGCGGUCUCAUCACCUUCGCCAGUGCAACCAGUGAGCGCUGCUGACUGUGAGGUUCCCUUCGGGUUCUGACCGCCGCAUUAAUCAGCAGCGUUUUUCAGGAUAAUUGUCCUGAGCCGACGAAGCCGUUCACUCAGUUAACGGAUCAUUUAAAUUAAUAAAACCAUGGCCGGUGUUGGCUCCGUGAUUUAGAGACAAAUCUGCCGGACGAAUCCUGUAUGUAGAGUCAGAACUACUGUGUGUGGUCUAAGUGUACUGGACUGUACUGGACUGUAGAGGUGUGACGUGACCGCAGCUUCCGUUUCCUGUCCGAGACUCACCCGAGAACAAAAAAGCAUCAACUAUCAUCAGUGUCUGCUUCAGAAGUGCCUACUUUUGAUUGACUGUCAGAGACGACACAUCUGAGCUCUCCACUACAGUGUGCCUACCAUACCACUGUGUGUGUGUGUGUGUGUGUGUGUGUGUGUGUGUGUGUGUGUGUGUGUAUAUGUGUGUGUGUGAGAGAGAGAGAGAGAAUGCGUCGACCCUCUCUGUUGGGUUCAGAUGAGUCGGGGCAGCAUGUCUGAGAACCCAAAAUGUCUCGAAUCCUUCAAACCUGCUGUGAAUAAAACAGGAUGAUGGAGCGACUUGUUCUCAGUCUUUUCUCUGCUGCAGGUUCUCGGCGUCCGGACGGACGAUCGGUCCCGACUCUUUUCAGUGACGCUGCCGAUACGAUAUCUGAGUUUCAGGGCCGAUACAAAACGGUGCUUCCUAUGAACUUAGAUUGAGGAGCCAUCUUUCUCAGACUGGUCUUUAACCGUCGUUCAACAGAAAAGCAGCCGCACAACUUUGCCAGAUGCGAUGAUGGGACUCGAUAC